GUCCUGUAUCUCUCUCCCUCCCAGACUAAGUCAGGUCCUGUAUCUCUCCCCACCCAGACUAAGGCAGGUCCUGUACUGGUGGUAGAAGGAGAGGACAACGCCAGGACCAACCCCUGCUGUUAUAACUGUUCUCUCAGGGGCCAUUUUGGAUUUGACUGCUCAGUGAGGAGGAUGUUUGGGUGUUUCCCUCCCAACUCUCCCUUCAUCAACCAAUAUGACUCUCGCCUCUCCAUCCGCAACCGAGAUUACCGAGCUCAGCUCAGAGUUCAAGAGUUGAAGGAUGCAGGCCUGUUUCCGUGUCAGGUCUCACCAGACGGUGACGCCCAGGACGAUCCGUCGGGCAAACGCCAGAGAACCGACUCUAACCCGAGCUACAGGCCGUACCAGAACUACCCCCCUAAACCCUACCAUAGUGCUACUCCUAGCCGUACCCACAUCAGGUUCAGCGGUGGCCAGGAGAAACCCUGGACUCCUAAACGCAAACUAAAGGAGAGCAGAGAGGGGAAGUGUUUCACUCCAGCUUCAGCCACGCCCAAAUCCAACAUGGCUGACAGGAACCAGCCGGGGAGUCAGGAAGGGCAGAAGAAGAAAAAACGGAAAACGGCCAAAAACAAAAUGGCCGCUGCCGCAGACGAGUCUCUUGACUUCCCCCGAGGACAAGGCCCCUCCUCCAAGAGGAAGAAGAAGGGGCCCAAGGGCCCUCCCCCCUCGGCCGGAGCUCCUCCUACCUUCCAUCCCAAGGGCCCCGCCUCCCACACCCCCGACCGUCUGUUUGGGGCUGCGACGAAGGGAGCGAGUAAGAAGAAGAAGAAGAAGAGAGAGAACGGGAGAGACAGGAAGGCUGCUAAGGAGGAGAAUUUGUUCCCCACGGACGAAAACCUGUUCCUCAUCAAACAGAGGAAACCUAGGAGAUAGGGGG